AUGCACAGCCUAGCAUACAGCCUCGUCGCCCUCGGGCUGGCUGGUGGUGUAGCUGGGGACGGCUGGGAUGACUUAACGAACGACCUGGCGACAGACCUCAUGCCGAUCAUGUCUCUUUUUGGAAAAGAGGCAACCAAACAGUACCUCAGUGAAAGUCUCCACUGGAUCGACUACUUCAUCUUUGCCAUGGCCCCGAUUGGAAUUCUGACAGCAUUGGUAUCCGCCAUUCGCGUCUGCGGUAGUUCAUCCCUAAAAGCCUUCAUUGGGAGGGCGAGAUAG